CCAACAAAAUGGAUUGCUAACUCCUAUUUCUUAUUUAAUUAAUCGAUCAACUUGCUAUCGGACAUUUUUUUUUUUUGGAUUCGAUAAUUUUCAUUUUCGCAAAAAAUUUCGACAUAUUUUAACUAUAAUAUUAUGACAAUCAAUCCUACUACUUCUGGUUCUGGGGUUUCCACGCUUGAAAAAAAAAACCUGGGGCGUAUCGCUCAAAUUAUUGGUCCGGUCCUGGACGUAGCUUUUCCUCCAGGCAAGAUGCCCAAUAUUUACAAUGCUCUAGUAGUUAAGGGUCGAGAUACUAGUGGUCAACCAAUUAAUGUGACUUGUGAGGUACAACAGUUAUUAGGAAAUAAUCGAGUUAGGGCUGUAGCUAUGAGUGCUACAGAUGGUCUAACACGAGGAAUGGAAGUUAUUGACACAGGAGCUCCUUUAAGCGUUCCAGUCGGCGGCACGACUCUCGGACGAAUUUUUAACGUGCUUGGGGAACCUGUUGAUAAUUUAGGUCCCGUAGACACCAGCACAACAUCUCCUAUUCAUAGAUCUGCGCCCGCCUUUACACAGUUAGAUACAAAAUUGUCUAUUUUUGAAACCGGAAUUAAAGUGGUAGAUCUUUUAGCUCCUUAUCGCCGUGGAGGAAAAAUAGGACUGUUUGGGGGAGCAGGAGUGGGUAAAACAGUACUCAUUAUGGAAUUGAUCAACAACAUUGCAAAAGCUCAUGGGGGCGUAUCCGUAUUUGGCGGAGUAGGUGAACGUACUCGUGAAGGAAAUGAUCUUUACAUGGAAAUGAAAGAAUCCGGAGUUAUCAAUGAACAAAAUAUUGCAGAGUCAAAAGUGGCUUUAGUCUAUGGUCAAAUGAAUGAACCGCCGGGGGCACGUAUGAGAGUUGGGUUAACUGCCCUAACUAUGGCGGAAUAUUUCCGAGAUGUUAAUGAGCAAGACGUACUUUUAUUUAUCGACAAUAUCUUCCGUUUCGUCCAAGCAGGAUCUGAAGUAUCUGCCUUAUUGGGUAGAAUGCCUUCCGCUGUGGGCUAUCAACCUACUCUUAGUACCGAAAUGGGCUCGUUACAGGAAAGAAUUACUUCUACAAAAGAAGGGUCCAUAACUUCGAUUCAAGCAGUUUAUGUACCUGCAGACGAUUUGACCGACCCCGCUCCUGCCACGACAUUUGCACAUUUAGAUGCUACUACCGUACUAUCAAGAGGAUUGGCGGCCAAAGGGAUCUAUCCAGCGGUGGAUCCGUUAGAUUCAACGUCAACUAUGCUCCAACCUAGGAUCGUUGGCGAGGAACAUUAUGAAACUGCGCAAAGAGUUAAGCAAACCUUACAACGUUACAAAGAACUUCAAGAUAUUAUCGCUAUCCUUGGAUUGGACGAAUUAUCUGAAGAAGAUCGUUUAACUGUAGCAAGAGCACGAAAAAUUGAGCGUUUCUUAUCACAACCCUUUUUCGUAGCAGAAGUAUUUACAGGCUCUCCAGGAAAAUAUGUUGGCCUAGCAGAAACAAUUAGAGGAUUUCAAUUAAUUCUUUCCGGAGAAUUAGAUGGUCUUCCCGAACAAGCCUUUUAUUUGGUAGGUAACAUCGAUGAAGCUACCACGAAAGCUAUAAACUUAGAAAUGGAGAAAGUAAAAGCAAUCAUUUUAUCUACUAAUAGUGGCCAAAUCGGCGUAUUAAAAGACCAUGCCGCUACUGCGACAGCCGUAGAUAUAGGUGUUUUAAGAAUGUUAGGCCUUGACGACCAAUGGUCAACAAUGGCUCUGAUGGGCGGUUUUGCUAGAAUAAGCAAUAAUCAGAUUACUAUUUUAGUAAAUGAUGCUGAGAAGGGUAGUGACAUUGAUCCACAAGAAGCUCAGGAAACUCUUGAAAUAGCAGAAGCUAACUUGAAGAAGGCGGAAGGAAAGAGACAAUUAAUUGAAGCAAAUCUAGCUCUCAGACGAGCUAGGACACGAGUAGAGGCUCGCAAUACAAUUUCGUAAGCUGUUGGUGCGUCCGAAUAAUCAAAAGAAGUUCCCUUGUCGGUAGAAUCUAUAUAUAGAAUGCAACAAAAAAAAAAAAGAAAUAGAAAAA